AUGAAGCUACAGGAGGAAACUUUCGGUGGUAAACCAGCCUGGCCUGCGGCGUACGAGAAGUACAUGGAAGGUGCCUCAACAAUCAUGACCGACAUGAAUGCUGAGGCCUCCGCGGUCGCUGGUACAGGGUUCGUGGCGCUGGAUAAUGCGAUGGGCAACUGCAAGGUCUAUCGACUUGACGAGGUUGUCGGAGAAGCCUCGCGUUUCCAAUUCAAGCUGCAGGAAUGGGAUGGAGUAACACCUAUGCGCAUUGUUGACCAGCACAAGAACACAGUCGGCAUCCUCAGCGGGCACCCUGGCGAUCCGAACUGGGAUGCAGUCCAGCUCAAAGGUGCAGCCGCAUUGGAAGACGCUUGCGGGCGGUGCUCCGUACCUCAGAAGGAGAGGUGCCAUUGA